ACAACCUCCCUCUGGUGCCAAAAAAAAAAUCCCCAAUCCCAAAUCGCAUUAGGUUUAAGAGUAUGGCAGGAAUCGAAGCCACCAUCGCCCGCGGCACACAGAUCGACGGCGGCAAACAGAUGGAGAUUUGUAAAGGGGAAUCGCAAACACCAUGUAGUGCAAAGUCACGAAAACGAAAACGAAAAGCUCAUUGUUGUUGCACUUGUCAUGAUCCCAAAACCCGACGCCGUGCCAAAACUAGGAAACCUGCUUUACCAGAGGGAUUUGGUUAUAUUCCCAUGCCAGUACGUGUGGAUAAGAAUGGUAACUACAUUCCAGAAUUUUCUGAUCGUGUUGCUUACAUGUCUUGUCGCCGUUGUGGUAUGAGGGGUGACCACUGGGAUCCCUUUUGCCCCAACUCGAUCAAUGAUCCGCCAGACUCGGGAGAAGCUGCUCGAGUCACGGGCAGGUCAUGGAAUUACAUAUUGAGGAAUUUCAAUCUGAAAGAAUAUCUUGACAAAAAGAACAAAGACUGAUGGGAAACCAGAGAACCACCACGGAGGAAGGCGGUGAAACCAAAACUGUCCAAUCCAUUGCGGAAACAAAAACCCGUGCCAGAAGUAACAAGCCUUCUAAUUAAAAUAGGGAAUUUAAAGGUGAAGUAGCUCUGCAACCGCAGUUUCUCCCAAGUGUACUUUCUCAACCUAAUCUGCUUUCUGAAACUGGGUUGCUUGGUGGAGUUGGGAAUUCUUUUUUCAUGUUGGGUUACAUUGCUUGUAAGCACAUGUGGUGUUCAUAUAAUCUCCCAAAUUCAUGAAAACAAGGAAGAACAUUAUUAAGAAUCUAGCACUACUAUUCGUAUUUAUCA